UAACAUGGCGGUACUCGAUCGCCGUUAGUUGAUGUACGGACACCGGUAGAUUUGGAUCGUUUUUUCAAAUUAUUUAGAAUGAAAAGUGGUUGUGACUGAAAAAUCCACAAACAGCUCGUGCCAUUGUCGUUUGCCCGCUAUGAAACGAUUUAAUACUCGUUGUUUCGAUUGGAAAAUACGAAUGAUUCGUGUGUGUCGAUCAUAAAGACUUAUUGCACGCGCUAAGUGACGUUUAUGAGAGUUUGCUCUGACACCGGUCAGAAACGCGGUUUGAGAGUCUGUUGCCAAGUAAGUUUAAUCGUCACGUUACGAAAGUGAUUUUAUAACUGAACCGUUUAAACGGCUUCAAUUCUGAGGUGAUUGACAAGAGAAACAAAACGGUGAAUCUCGUCGACCAUUUGAAUUUGUUUUGAAAUCAUUGGAACCGCAUCGUAAAAAUAUCCUGUAAAAUCGAUCUUUCAUCACAAAAUGGCUCCGACUGUUUACUUGUCGGAACUACCAGUAGUAAGAACAUCGACAAUUCCAUGCUCGCGACGAAGACAAAGGGUUCGUAACGGGGCUGUAGCAAAGCAGCAGAGGCUAGAAUUCAGACGAUUGGAAACGAACGAGUCUUCUCGUGACGAUACAUCUUUAACGCCACCGGAAAGUCCUCUAUGGGAUCCAGAGAGUCCCAGUGUCUCUUGUGCCCCGAUCAUUGUCACUUCUUCCUCUCCGAACGUUUCGGCUAGAGUUCCAGCGGACAUAAAGGAACAUUGGAAGGUGUUCCUAGCGAGACGGAAAGGUGUGCCUUUUAGUGUAAUUGACGGUCUUUUAGAUAUCGUUGUACGUACGAUGGCUUUGAUUCGACGAAACAACAUCCUUCAAGAAAGAGUAAAUGCUUUGCGUGCAGAGACUCGAGAUUUCAUUCAUUCGGUGUUGAAUAAUCCCGAAAACAAAUGCAUACAACAGAGAUUGGACGCGAUAGACUGCAAGGAAGCGGAUGUGUCCUCGUCGACAGAGGAAACCAUAGCAAGACCGUCCCUUCCGCCUACGCCGGACUCGAUGAAUUCUUCGUCGAAUGAUAUCACAUCGACCUGUGAUGGCAGCGAAAAUACUUCUGAACGAUUCUCCAACGACGAAUCAUAAUAUUCGAGAAUCAUGCGCAAACGAAAGAUAUAAGUUCGAAGCGAUAUCAAACGGAAUGAGAUGUUGAUCGAUUACUUGAUUUGAGUAGCCUGAGUCGCUUUGUCGGUACACAUAAUAUAACAAUCGAACGAUUUAAUACGAUCGCUUCUUGAUCGAACAAGAUGAGAAAUGAAAGUUUUACUGAUGAUGAUACGAAUGAAAUUGAAUCGAUGAAUUUCUUAAAGUUUGUUUUUUUUAAUCGGUUUGCAUAAUAAGAUGAUCGAUAUCUAAUUUAUAUUGAAUUUAUGUUAUCUUUGUAUUUUACACAUGUUAAGCAUUUAAAAAUUGAUCCACACGAGGAUUAUAAUUUUCAUUCAUUUUAUCUUAUACAUCUCAAUUAUCAAAAAUUCUAUCGACCAAUAAAGGCUAUCUAUAUCGUAGAUCAGAAUUCAAAAAGUAAAACUUCAAAAUACAAAUGAUUCGUUAAUGAAGGAGAUUGUAUAGAUAUAAUAUAUAUUAUAACGAACUCAAAAAAGAUUGUUCUGUUGAAACAAAGAUCGAGUUCUCCAAGAUUAUUUUUUCUUUUUUUUUUCUUUUUUUUUCUCCUUCAAAAAAUUACAUUUCUAAUUCGAAAACUCUCAUUUCUCGUUUUACGAAGUAGUCAUAGAAAAAUCUACAUUAUCAAUGAAAGAUAUGCAGUUCCUUAUUAUCGACCGUUCUUUUACCUCUUAUUAUCUGUACCAUUUAGUUGCACCUUAAGAAAACGACGAUUUAAUUAUUCGACACAAGGUAAAAUACAAAAAAUGCAAUAUUUUCAAUAUUAAGGAAAAGAAAAGAUCUCAGACACACUUUUGAUACAAAAAUUAGUCAAAGAAAUUUACAUGUCGACGAAGUAACUCAGAGAAAUUGUGAAAUGAUAUAAUGUUACAAGAUCGAUGUAACAUAUAACGUAGAAUUAUUACAAUUAUUUGAUAUACAUGAUUAGAUACUUAUUAACAUUUUCAAUGCUACAUUCAAAAAAGGGCGUUGCGGUAUAUGAAUAAAAUUGCAGGACUGCUUUACGUUUUAAUUUUAAUAUUCAAGUUUUAUGCGUGAAGCUUUUCUAGACAAACUUGCGUUAGAACUAGAAUAAAUUAGAAUUAAAGAAAUGAAAAAAGCAAAUGAAAAUACCCUGCAAAUUUGGUGGCUGUGAAAUUUGUAUUCGCGUCUGUAAUUCUACCUUUUUCUCUCGUUUUUCUGUGAAACAAUUUCGCGAUUAAUUAAAUUAGAAAUCGUCUCGUCUUUUUCAAACAAAAUCGUGGCAUUGUCUCAAGAAGAUCGUGCGACCGUUAACAGAAGUGUCAACAUUCAAUCGAGGAAUAUAUUUUUAAGAAAUCUACAAUCGUAUCGUAUAGAAUUAAGUGAUAAAAUCUUUUUAAUCUAGGCAGUGCAGAUUUUCUACACUCGUUUCAUAUUAAACUAAAUUUGUUUCAUUGGUCGACCUAUGUUCCACUUACAUACUUACAUACUUAAUUGAUACUGCGCCAAAAAGGUAUUUGCGGAUUAAGUGUAUCGUAAAAUAAACGCCCACUUUUUACUCAUUUCAACUACUAUCAUACGAACAAUGUCGUUGUUCGAAAUGUAAAAGCUUAUUGCGAUAAAUAUUAAUUUAAAAAAAAUAAUCAAAAAAUAUUCACAGUAUUUCUAAGAAGAGAAACAUUUCUUCUUUUAAACUUCGUUUAUGUUGAUAAUAUAACAAGCGCAAGUUAGAAACAUAUAGUAUACAUUGAUCUGCUUGAUGUUAAAUACCUGUAAUCUUUUCCCCAUGCAAAAAAGAUUAGCAGUGUUAGCACGCAUAGUAUCCAUUAACGUACCUUUUUAAGAGAGGUUUGUCUAAUAGUUUUCAAGUAACGUACCUCUUCGUUUAUUGAUUACAUAUGGGUGAUAUAUAUAUAUAUAUAUACAUAUGUUAUAUGUACAUAUAUUUUGACAUAUUUCAUAAGAGUCGAACUUGAAAGCAAUGUUAAUUGUACUGAUUCGUUAAAAUCAAGAUGUGAUCGUCUACUAAUCAUAGUAUUUUGAAAAUGUGGUUCAUGUGAAAUCUCAUACCAAGUCCUUCCGACUUGGGUUUCUUGUUUUAGCGUCCAUAUUAUCAUGAGCAUUUUUCUGGCAUCAUAUUUUUCAAAAGAGGGGAGAGAUUUACUUAUAAUUCUUCCACGGAAAUCUACUAAUUAGUCAUAAUAAUUUCAAUUCAGGCUCUUCUCAUCUUCACCUUCGAUAACUUUAAAUUCUCACACUGUCAGACUGCAUAUAUCACGGAGAAUCCGAUUUAAUUGUUCUUCCAACGAUAUAUAAACAGAAACGAACAAAAAAGUCGUAAUUUUCCCAAAGUACGAAAAAGUACAUUUACGCGAAAGAUGUUUACUAAUUUAAAUAAAAGUAAACCUUUAACAUAGAA